GGAAGUUUUGGAGAGAGACAAACAAUAACAUUUUGGAAAUAAUACGUCUGUCAAAAUGUAUACAAAACUUGAUCCGGAGAUUGAAGAAUGCCUGAAACAAUGUCAGCUGCAGAAUUCUGCUAGUCCUAUGACCAAGCAGUAUUUGAAGCUUAACAUCCUGAAUAAAAGACAUGCCAAUGGACUGAGCCCGAUUAAUACUACAUUUACUGGAGAGAAAAAAUAUCGAUUGAGACCCGAUGAAGAGAUGAAGAAAGAGAAGCGCCGAGAACAGAACCGGAGAGCCGCUGCUAAAUGUCGCAACAAGAAAAAAUGUGAAGAAAGGCUUUCUCAAGCUAAUCUCUUGGAAGAAGAAAAAAAACAAAUAAUGUUAAAAAGCAUCGUAACGAUGCUUACAAAUAUGAAACAAAAUAUGGGAAGGCUGUUGUCUAAUCUCACAGAUGAAGUUAGAGACAUCAACUCCAAUGAACUUUAUGGCCAUCCUAGCUUCAGGGAUAUUACUCAGGACUGGACAAGGCAAACGUAUCCCCAAACGGAAACGUAUGAAGGAAAUUACCUGAAUGAUAAUCUUAUCAAUAACACACCUGCACAUACAAAUACAUUUAAUGCUUAUCAACAGCCAAUUUAUUAUCCAUCGGCUUCCUUUGAAGCAUCCUCUCCUGUAAAUGUUUCUGAUCAAAAAUACGAUCAAUCUAAAAUUUCUUCGAGCUUUAAUGGCUUUUAUUGCCUUCCUGGAUCAAAUAAUCUGGAUAUCAGUGGAAGUUUCAGUAGCUGCUCUGACAUUUCAAGCACGUCUCCCUCCAGUGUUAUGUCUGGUUCACAGUAUAGUCUUACUAGUUAUGAUUCUGCCGGUUCUGAGACUGCUUUUGACUGGAGUGAUAACGAGAACUCCCAAACAUCCACUUUUGCAAAUAACAACACAAAUUUUGGUUCGUCAUCUUAUGUAAAUUACAACAUCAAUCAGGAUGAUGUAUUUACUGAUAUAUAUAACAACAUCGACCUUGGUGCACCUGUUGAUGUAAGUAAUGGUACCAGCUUCAGUAACAACAUUGACUUUAAUGCUUUUCCAAGACUAAACAGCAACAUCAACCACGGCGGCGCAUAUACUAAUAGAAACGGUGAUGGAUUUCUUGACAGAAUUAGCAACUUUAAUUUUGGGACUGAAACUGUAAAUAACAUGCAGUUAGACAACACUGAUUUCAUUUUAGGGAAAUCUAAUUCCUGCAAUCAAAACAUGGACAAAAUAUUACAUCUACAACCCGUUGAUGGAUCCCCCACUCUGAAUGAAAACAUUUUAUAUAAGAUUAUGGAUAAAUAUCCACCCCAAUGUGUAAAUACUCAUAACAAUGAUCUGCCUUACUUAAAAUGAAUUCUAAAAGUGUCAAAUAGUAGGACCUACAGGAAAUUUGAACCGAAAACACAGGAAACUAUCAAUUCCCCUGUUUAAACCAUUUUAACAUAAUCCACGUUUCCAGCAUGGAUGAGAAUUUAAUAGGGACCAUUUGCUGUUACAACAGUAAAGGGAAUGACUACAAGAAAUCUCACUAGUCAGAUCUGUGGAUAAUCUAAUUGCCAGAGUAUUCAAUUACCUGACUCCACACAUAGUGCCGUCUGACUUGCCCCUUCUGUUGUGGUCAACACUAGGACCAGGAUCUAUGGGUAUACAGAAACAGAGUGGACAAUGAGGAGAGCACAUGUUCAGGCUGCUCCCCUAUAUCGUUAACUACUUCAUGCCAGAGUCUACCUCAUCAUCAUUGUUUUAAUGUCCACUUCUCCAUGCUUGCAUGGGUUGGACAGAAUCGGUUGAGGCAGAUUUUCUAUAGCUGAAUGGCCUUCCUUUUGCCAACCCUCACCUGU